AUGAAGCUCGUGUCUUUGACCGUGCAACGUUCACCACAAGGCAGCCGCUACUUUAGCAACAGGAAAUGCUGUGUACCACCCAGCAUCUCCUCGUCAGCGAUACCCGCAUCUUCAACAGCCUUCUUAAGCACCUCUUCCGGUGCAGCCCCUUCUACGACCCCACUCAUGUCUAGUUUCUCUAGCAUGGCAACUUCCACGUUUCUCUUUUCCUCCUCGAGCGUGGAAGAAUCGAGCACUUUCACUCUGAACCCAUCGACAUCAGACACUCCAAGCUCAUCUACGAUAUCAGAAAGUCCCACGCCUACACCUUUAGAAACUACGACCUUCAUUAGUGUGACGACCUCAGCGGAGUCCACCACAACCAGCUCGCCAUCACUUACUUGUGGUAUAUACACCGAGAUCACGCGAAGUGAAUACUGGUUCGAGACCCUAACCUCCGGACCCAUGACCCAGGAGGAGUGUCAUAGAAUCUGCUUAGACAACGCAUCCAGACUAGUCUGCACAAGCUAUGCUAUUAUGCAGAGUACGUGUAAACUAUACGAUGUACCUGCUCGGCAACUCCACGAGUCAUCGCCGAAAAGGAUACGCCGCGUCGAGAUAUGGCAGGCCUUCGACAAGGACUGUUCAAUUGUUCCCAACGCCCCCACUUCUGCUACUCCCACAUCCGAGACUCCAACCCCUACUCCCACGCCUGAGCCUAUAUCCGAGACUCCAACCCCUACUCCCACGCCUGAGCCUAUAUCCGAGACUCCAACCCCUACUCCCACGCCUGAGCCUAUAUCCGAGAGUCCAAGUCCUACGCCCACGCCCCAACCUACAUCAGAGACUCCCACUCCUACUCCAACGCCCGAACCAACAUCCGAGACUCCUACGCCGACUCCCACGCCUGUCAUACCGCCCGCAACAUGCUCCUGGCACGGUCUCAGCUACGAUAUCGCUGACAAGCUGCCCCAGUCGCGCUCGUACGUCUCAAGUCUUGACGAGUGCAAGGCAAUCUGUCUCGCCGUCAGCACUUGCUUGUCAUACCAGUACGCGCCCUUCAAUCAGCUCCCCAAUCCAAACUGGCAAAAUUGUAUUCUGAGUCGAGCGGACGCGCAACAGCAAGGGCUGUUUGUAGCGGAUUCUAAUCAGGUUUUUGCGAUUUAUGAGCGGGCCUGUUAA